AUGGAUUAAAAAGAAUAAAAACCUUAUAUAUUCACAGAAAUCUGUCUCUAGUCGAUAUAUUGCAAAGAUAACUCUUGCUAACUAAAUCAUUCGAGAGUAUUUGUUGGAGUUUGCGUAGAAUAUUUAAGGAAUGAGCAAUAAUUUUAUGAUGAAGGAGGUGAAGAGUAUGAAUAAACAAAAUGCAAUAAAAAAGACUGUAAUUUGUGGCACUUUUAAAAUGACAAAUUUAGCGAUUAAUUGUCUAAAUAAACGAUAAAUGGGAUAUUUCCUCACAAUCUAUGUCCCAAGAGUUGUGGAUUCGAAAAUUGCGGAUAUCUACAUAGAAAAUGGGCUGAAAAAGUGUGUUUUAAUCAAAUUCUAAAAGGCAGUUGUAGAAAUAAACAAUGUGAGUUAGAACAUGUGCGUUGGGAGUUGGACAUAUUAAAAGAAAGAGCUAGAUCUUGUUCAUUGAAUCAGGACACUACGCCAGAAGAUUUAUGCGAGAAAGAAAAAUGUAAUUGCGGUAAACAUCCUCCUUGGUUAAAUGAUUAUUGCAUACUCUAUCUGAAGGGUUUGUGUCCAAAUAAAAAGUGCAUUAAAAAUCAUACCGAUUGGGAAAAAAUUAACACAAAAAUAAAUUAAAAAAAAUGCUUUAAAGUCUUGUAUCACCAUCGCUCAAGAAAGAAAAAAAAAAAUUCAUUCAACACCUGA